CAGAAAGUGGAGUUAGUGAAUUAAACAUGGUGGAGAUGUGCUGGUAGAAGAGUGUGGGUGGAUUAGAGGGGAUUAGAGAGAGUUGUGUGCGGGCUGAGGGACUGGAGGAGCCGCUCUGCUGGUGGUUGGAGGUGCUUGGAGGAGGUGAUGAUGGAGUCUGGUAGCGGCCGGGUGGAGGACUCACUGCACUGGAUUUGCAUGCUCACCCUGUUCCUCGCCUCGGUAGUUACUCUCAUUCUCUACCUGCUGCACUACUUUGGGGUUCUGGGGAGCAGAAGGGAGGUGCAGCAGGGGAACAGGGAGCAGCAUGAGGAGGUGAAGAUGGAGGAGCUGCUGAGCUGGGUGUUGGGGUUGAAGAGUUGGAGGACUGAGUGGAGGAGAGCCUGGAUCCGAGCUUUACACCAACACCACACCAUCAGACAGGGUGACGUCCAGCUGAUCUUCGAGGAUGAUGGAGUUCAGUCAUCAGAGCUCUCCGUCCGUCACAUUUCAAGCUUUAAUAAAUCACCUGGUCUGAAGAAUGUGGAGUGUGAGGUGAUUGGAGACAAGCUGCAGUUCUCUCUGAGUGCGUCACCAAACUCCGGUUCCUCAGGUUCUCCUCUGAGAUACAGCGUCAGGAUAUCACCUCUACAUCUGCAGCUGGCUCUGCAGAUGACGGAGGUGGAUGGAGAAGUUCGGGUCAGCUGGAGAUUAGAAGAUCUGAACCCUGCGGAGCUGCAGCUCACACCCAGCUACACACAGGGAUCGUCAGUGUACAUUAGUGAAGCCGUGGUGAAGAACAGACUGCAGCAGGUUCUCCGUGAAGCUCGACCGUCUGUAACUCUGAGCAGCCGGACUGCACAGCCUGCAGAGAUCCAGGAAGUGAGGAACAGGAUCUCACAGGCGACCUCUCCCCCCAAACCCCCUCGAGCACAUCACUGGAAACUCUUAGUGAAGAACAUCCAGGUCAUGAUCAGCCAGGAGGACGGAGCUGCAGGCAGUGUGAGUCCUCAGUGUGUGUUGCAGUUAGAUGAUCCUCCUCAGAAAUUAUCCAGCUCAGUGUUGAGCAGCAGCAGGAACCUCAUCUGGGAUCAACCCUUCAUCUUUGAGCUCAGCGGCAGAUCAAAGGAGCUGAUCGUCCAGCUGUUGGAUCAGGGGAAACAUCUGGACGGCCGUUUGCUGGGCGAGGUGUGUGUGCCGCUCGACCUGGUGAGGAGGAACCCGAGAGGACAGCAAACGUUUACACUCAAAAACACCACGGGAGAGACGGGAUCACUAACUACUGAGUUCAGCUACCUGGAGCCCAGCGAGGUGCGCACGUGGCAGCCCCCCACCCCCACCCCUCCCAGACGAGUAGAAACGGACCGGACGGUGAUGCCCUGUGGAACCGUGGUCACCACCGUCACCGCCGUGAGGAGCAAGCCGGGACGCCCCCUCUCUCCCGAAUCGGUCAGAUCUCCAUCCAGAUCCAAACUGGGGGAGAGGAGAGUGUCUGAGCAGCCGUGCAUUCUGGGAGCUCGAGUCAGCAAAGCUCUGUCAUCAUCAGAUACAGAGCUGCUGAUGCUGAAUGGGACGGAUCCCGUAGCUGAAGCUGCUAUUAAACAGCUGUACGAGUCGGCAAAACAGAAACUCAAAUCUCCAGUUAAGAAGAGCACCAUCAUCAUCUCAGGAGUUUCAAAGGCCCAGCUGUCUCAGGAUGAUGAAGCGGCUAUGAUGGCGGGUUACGCCGCUUCUAUGGACGCCUCCAUGGCUGAAACCUCGGCGAGCUCGGAGCAGGACGCCGAAUCUCCGUCAGAGCGUCGCGUCCUGGACACGGAGGAGUCGGCGGAGGGUCCGAGCGGUGCGGACUGGGAGAGUCACACGGAGGAGGAGUCCGAUAAAGCUUCACUCUCACUGUGUGUGUCUGAGCUCGACUCCAAAAAGGGAAAAGGCAGCUUCCUCCACAAGGGUGCCAGGAUGUUCUUCAGGCGGAGGCAGCAGAGGAAGGAGCCCGGGAUGAGCCAGUCCCACAACGACCUGCAGUACCUGGAACAGGUCGAGGACAAACGUCCCGGCACCUUCAAGCGUAUCCUCAACCGCAGGCUGCUCCCCAAACACAAGGGCAAAGUGAACGGCGUCCAAAAGUGAGGCCUCGCCCGGAGCUCAAACGUACUCUGAAAACCACCUGUAAACACCUUCUCACCCACCUUAGCCUAAUCUCUUCUCAGAUGGGGGUUCUAACCGUGCGCCCCUUUAACCUUUACCUUCCAAAAAAAUGAACUCCAGAUAAAAUCAUAGUCAAGCCUACAUGUUAAUCCUCUCGCUAAUACUCGGAUCCUUGCGGCCUGAAAUCUCUUCAUAUCAGAUGGUCCGGAGUUCUCACUAGCGUAAUAACAUAUAUUCCAUUAUCGUCCAUCUCUGGAUUUAAAUCCGUGCUUAUCAGUAACUUGUGCACCUCAACUUUAUGUGAGCAACCGCUUAAAAAUAUCAGUUUAAUAUUAAUUUAGUCUAAGAGAGAAAAGGGGAGCGACCCUGUCAAACCAGAUCAAUUUUGUUGUGCAAAAUUGUGAUUAUUAUAAUUAUUAAGUGCCAUCAGGUGGAUUCGGACCCCUGGUGACCAUGUGAAGAGUGUUUCUUCAGGCUUCUUAAUGUCGUAAUGUCUCAUUUUACCCUCAAAUCUUCCGAGCAUGAUUUUCUUUUACAAUGAAACGGUUCCACUCAUAACGUGUCCCAAGUUAGAGCUUUAGUUUUGAUAUCUGGGCUUCCGGUAAGGUUUUAAACUCGCCGUACAGUUUAACAUCUACAUUUAACGUCUACAUUUCACCUGAGCGUGUGUGUGUGUGUGUGUCUAGUGCCAGUAGAAGAACAGGAAGAAAUACUGACUGGUUUUAAAGGAACGGGGUUUGGAUUGAUGUGCUGUGUGAGAAAUUUUAUUUUCUAUUGUUUAUCAUUCCAGAAGAGAAAACACACUGGUGAUGGUGGGUGUGGGUGUGGGUGUUGGUGUGGGUGUGGGUGUGUUGUGUGGGUGUGUGUGGGGGUGUGUUGUUUUAACCAAAGCACUAAACACUACAGGAGGAAGCAGGAGAUCUGAUCUCAUUUCAUUCCUUUCAUUUCAUUAAGUGCUUUUGUCUGAUUCAUCUCAUAAACUGCAAUUAUUUUAUUACUUGAUUGUUUGUCUGAACUGUGUGUGUGGAUCAUCUCUAAUUCAGCAUUUCAUUAUUUUAAACAUGAUUUAGUGAUUGAUCUUACAGUUUUACUGGGUUACCAGUUUUUAUUGAUUUGUUUUGCUAUGUGUGUGUGUUUGUCGGGGUCACGUGACCAGUUGUGUGUUGCGCAGAGAUAAUCAGUGGCCUAAACAUUUCAUUUUAAACUUUUUAUUUUAUUUUUCCUGACUGAGUGCUGUUUGUAGUCAUUGUGGUUAAGGUUAGGGUUCAGGAUGCAGGUUCUGGCCAUCAGGUGUAAAAUCCAGCACCAAAAGUGAUGCUUCAUGGUCAGGGUCACUGUGGCUCAUGCGACAUCUGGAAACACUGAGAGUAAGGCUAAUACUGACCAAUUUCUCUAUGGCCAGAACAUGGGAAGUGAUGGUCCCUGGGGUCCUGAGAGUGGUGCUUUAAUUUUUAUUGUAUAGGAUGAAUGCAAAGGAAAUAAACUCAUGAACCCAUGAUAAAUACAUGCAACACAGAUUGACAGAAACAGAACUGAGAAGCAAUUCCACAACCCUGAAGAACACAUCCAGCAUCAUCUCAACAUCUCAUAUAAGGUUUCAUUUUUCUGCGGUCGUGACUUUAUUUUAGUCCAUUUUAACCUCGACUCCUAAUCAGACGUGUUACUCAAGUAUCGUCACUAUUCAGGUCUGAUGAACCUAAAAUCCAGGAAUAUUUCUAUUUCAUCCAAAGAUUAAUCUUCUUACAGUUGAGUGCAAACGUUUGCGAACCCUUGGAACGAAAAUGUAUAUUUGUCUCUAUUAAAUAAACAUUAAAUAAGAAUACAUUUUCAGUUUCGCGCUGGACUGUAGGAACUGACUGUAGACUUUGUACCAUUCUGUGACUGGCGUGGUGCCUUCAGGGUUACGAGGGAGGUCUUGUGCCCUUAGUUGUUCAUGUUUUCACAUAAACCAUUGAAUUGGGUUCAGCUAGAUAAUAUUUUGUUGUAUUUUUGUGUACAGAUUAAAGACAGAAGUCGUACCUCUGAGGGCACCACCCCAGCAACAGAAUGGUACAUUGAAGUACUUUAAUUUUAGUGUGUAUAUAAUAAUUAUAAAUGGGUCUUUAUGCAAAAGAGGAGCAGGAAUGCAUGUUUUGGUUGAUGCUGAUGAUGUGAACGAUGCAUAUGAUGCUAAUCAUGCUGAUAUUAUAUUAAUUGUAAAGCAUCAUGAGCGUUGUGUUGGAUUCUGAACCCUCGCUUGCUGGAUUUACUGUGAUUUAUGCUUUAUAAAUUGUGUAUGCUGAAACCAAAAUGCCCUUAAACACAAGAACGUGUUUUUAAAGUUAAUUAAGGGUGCCUGUGCCAACUAACUGUAGCCAUCCACUUGUUGCUGAGCCUAAUGUGUUUACUAAUAAUGCUGAGUGUAAGUGUGAGAGCGAGUGUGAGUGAGUGAGUGAACGUUUGUGAUGCUAUGCAAGGACUGAUUAUAAUGAACAUAUCAGGUUUAUCGUGUUGAGCAAUAAACACUGUCUGAAUAACAA